AUGAGCGCGUCUCGUGUGCUGCAAUUAGCCCAUAAAUCAUCUCCAUUUCACAUCAAGUCUUGUCCGAGAGUUUGUGUACAACCUGCAAUACAAUGGCGUUCUCAUAGUAACUACAACCACUUUGUUGGUCCCACCAAGCUUGCCUCCACAGACCCGAAUGCUGAUUUCCUUCCUUUUAUGUGUAAGGAAGUGAAGCCUUUUACUCUGGCUAUCAAGGAUAAUAUUGUAACCUCUGACUUCCCAACACAAUGCGCCUCAGCCAUUCUCUCUUCUCACUCCUCACCCUUCGAAGCUACUGUGGUUCGUCAACUGCGCAAACGCGGAGCAACAGUGGUUGGAAAGACCAACAUGGAUGAAUUCGGUAUGGGCUCCCAUUCGACAAACUCAGUGAAUGGCGCAGUGAGGAACCCCCUGGCCAAGGAUGACGAAGUGUCAGCCGGCGGAAGCUCAGGUGGAAGCGCCGUUGCAGUACGACUAGGCGAUGCCGAUAUCGCCCUAGGAACAGACACAGGUGGCUCAAUUCGACUGCCCGCGGCAUAUACUGGAACAGUUGGCUACAAGCCUAGUUAUGGCAUGAUUUCUCGGUUUGGCGUGGUUCCGUACGCAAACUCCCUGGAUACAGUCGGCUUCUUGUCUAAGGAUGUCAAGCCGAUACAUUACCUCAUCUUCGAGACUGGCAUGCACAACGAACAUGACUCUUCGGAUCCAACAUCACUACCCGCCGCAUCCCGAAACCGAUGUGCUUCAACAAUACCAUCCACCCUUCCUGAGCUAUCAAGACUAAAUAUCGGCAUUCCUCUUGAAUACAAUAUUGACGAGCUUGACCCUUCUAUCCGCGCCGCUUGGGUUUCUGCUGCCUCUGCUCUCGAGGCUCAGGGCGCAUCUCUAGUUCCCAUCUCUCUUCCUUCCACAAAAGAAGCCCUGUGUGCUUACUAUGUCCUCGCUCCCGCGGAAGCAUCCUCGAAUCUCGCCAAGUAUGACGGUGUUCGCUACGGAAAGCGUGGUGAAGGUAGCGAUGCAGUGGGUGAGACUCUCUACUCUGAUACCCGUGGUGAGGGCUUCGGUGAAGAGGUCAAGCGACGAAUCCUCCUCGGCACAUACAGCCUCAGUUCUGAGGCAAUAGACAAUUACUUCAUACAAGCCCAAAAGAUUCGGCGGAUGGUGCAGAAGGAUUUUGAUCGCGUAUUCCGACUUGACAACCCCCUUUAUGAGCCUGCGCAGUUUGACUUGAGUGACAUGGCUGAGGCCACCGGAAUGGAGGACAAAACCGGCCCUGUUCAAGUGGACUUCAUCCUCUCUCCUACAGCGCCAACAUUUCCCCCAAGACUGGAAGAUCUCAAGCAGCAGAGCAGUGUAGACGUUUACAUGAACGACGUCUUUACGGUUCCAGCAAGUUUGGCAGGUUUACCAGCUGUGAGUGUCCCAGCUAAGGUGGAGGGAAGUCAGUUUCCAGCAGGGUUGCAGGUCAUCGGACAAUACUGGGACGACCAGAGGGUGCUUCAACUGGCAGAAAGGUUAAAAUCACUGGUGGCAUGA